UCUUGUUUGUUAUGAUUAAAUAUUAUAAAUAUAUUGAUUAGUGUAAAGCGAUAAAAACAGGCCUUAAUUCAAUUUCAGUUCAAGAUACUUUGAAAUGUUGAUAAAAUUACUUGGUUUCUAAUAAAAAAAUCGGAAUGGAAAGAGGUAAAAUGUCAUCGGCAGGCCGUGGGGCCAAAAGUAAGGCCCCGCAGCAUCCCCAAGAUAUAUUUGCGCUCGGCAGCAAGUCCACGGUAGUAGUCUCUAGAGAUUCCGAAAAGAGAAAUAUACACAAGCCCUCCACAAGCGGUGUGGAAAGAAAACGGGAAUCUUCUGGGUUUGGGAGUCAGCCCCCAAGCAAGAGGUCUCGUAUAGGCUCACCAGCUGAGACAGUUGGAGGUGCCUCAUUAGAUGUGGAGCCUGUUGAUUUAGUGCCCAAUGUUCUUCAAGCAUUGGACACUCAUAAUUCUGAUAAAUUAUUGGGAUUGUUAACUGGAUCAAUUCGUUUGCUCAAAUCACAAAGAUCAAAAGCUGAUAUAAUCCUCUGCAUGAGUCUGCUGUACCUUACGAAGAUAAGACCCAACAUGUUUGCCCACGAGACUGUCACACAGAGUCUAUGUACGUUACUGAAGAGAGAACAAGGAGCCGCUUUCAAAAACAAAGGAAAUCCUCUUAUAUUUGUAUUAGCCUGUAACAUGUUGUAUGCAGGACAUAAGGACAGUUCUACCUGGCCUGAUACUUUUAUUAAGGUGUACAUUGAGGAUGCACUGAACGAGCGCUGGUGGGUGGACUGCUCAUGGUGCAAGUGUUUUGUGGAGAACAUUGUCACCGCUUUCAACACCAAACAGCCCCCCUCACACCUCAUACCCUCCGAUAAUACAUUGGGUACAAUGUCACCAUCAGGGUCGGGCUCACCACUGCUGGGGAAUGCUGACGAUGACAAUGACACCGACCUCGAGUACAACGUGUCACCACGAUAUACUAGCAGUUACGAAACAGUAGAAGCCAUGGUGCUGGAGGCGAUCAAGGAGCAGAUACAGCGGCGCACCGCUCCAGACACCAUCGGCAAAGGCUUUCUCAAACUGCUGUCCGCUACAUGUGGAUUCCCCGAGAUACGCAUGAUAGCUGCAUCUCGGCUGGAGGCGUGGUUGCACUCGGGCAAGCUGUGGCGAGCGGCGCAGGAGCUGCUCGCGUACGUGUGCGCGAACGCCGCCGCCGCGGGGCCCAGUGCGGCGCGCGACCACGAGGUGCUGGCUCAGCUCGCCCGAAUGAGACUCAAGACUAAACCGCUACAGGCUGCUUAUCAGGCCUGUCUUAGGGAGAUGGUGUCAGACAGUCCGGCGUUGUUGCGCAGCGUGGUGACCCACACAAUCUACAAUGAGCUAUCAAACGCGCGCUCACCCAACAACAUGGCCGUGCUCGCCGCGUUAGUGCACGCCCAGCCACAGCUCGUUCCUGCAGCCAUUGCGGAGACUUACCAGGAACUAUUGUUCAGGUCGGAGGACUACUUGCGUCCGAUGCGCGCCAUGUUGCGUGAAUGUGUACGCGCCGCGCGCUCAGAGACGCAGGCGCUGCUGCCGCUCGCCGCCGCGCUCGCAGCGCCCCCACAGCACGAGCCGCCGCAAGAGAUCCGAGAGCGUGCGUUCCAGUCGUUAGCGGAUCUAUUCGCAUGCUGUUGCGUAGUGACGGCAGCGCACAGCAAGCACGCACCCGAGUACCGCGCCCAGCUGUGCGCGCUGCAGCAGCACGCGCUCGCCUGGCUGCUCGACACCGCGGUGCCUGUCUACCGGCCCGCCAGGCAUGACUAUCAGCACGCACUCAACAAGAUAAUGUUCGUGGAGGCGGCGGAGGCGUACAGCAAGGCGGACAACUGGCCGCCGGAGUCUGAGCGCGCGCUCUGCUACCGGCUCUGCUGCGAGGCGCCGCUGCCGCAGAACACGCUCCUCAGGCUUAUAUUUAUUGGACUUUCCAAGGAUAUUCCAGUAUCUCCAGCAGAGGUGUUCGAGCUGGUGGAGCAACUGGUGCGGCGCGCGUGUGCGUUGCCAGCAGACGAUCUGCCGCUGCAGGUCGACAAGCUGGAGAUCGUCGACUAUAUCUUCCAGCUGUGCCAGUUCCAUCCGCCUGACAACAUCACACUACCAGCAGGUUACAGUCCACCUGCUCUUGUGAUAACAUCGCUGUACUGGCGCGGCUGGAUGCUGCUCACAAUGCUGGCUGCGCACAACCCUCAGGGCUUCGCGGAGCGCGCCGCCGCCACGUACCCCACGCUGCGAGCACUCAUCGAGAUGUGUAUCACUGGAAAGCCAAGUAUAGAGUGGAGUACGAGUGGCGUUGGAGAGGCGGAGCGGCUGGAGGCGGAGCGCGCGACCAUUUUGCAGCUGGAGACGCAUCUCGCCACCGCCAGCAACUCUAAGUUGCCCGUCACAGAGCACACCUCCAGGUUGCUCAGUCAGUUAUCAGUACUGGACGCGCUGGGCCCAGCGCGACGUCCACCGAGCGGUGUGGCUGAGGCUCUGGCGGCGCUUAGCACGCAGCUGCGGCUGGGCCGGCUGCUGUGCCGGCAGCCCGCGUUGCUGCUGCAGCUAGUGGAGCGACAUGGCACACGCCGUGCCAUGCCCUGGCUGCACCAGCUGCUUAAACACGACCAGCUAGAACUUAGCGUGUUGCCGGUGCAAUGCCUGUGCGAGUUCCUGUCUGCGGGCGGGGCGGGCACUGCAGGGGGCGGGGCGAGUGAGACGAGCAAAGCGGGCGAGCUGUGCGCACACUUGCGCCGCACGCUGGCCAGCGAGGAGGGCGCGCGAGCAGUGCUGCACUACUACAUGCAGCGUCUCGCUCACUCCCACAAGCACACGCGUGCUGCCGCUAAUAGGGGUCUCAAACUAGUGCUGUCGCAAUCCGAAGACACCGUGGAGUUGGAUUACAAUGCGGAUGUUAGUCCCGACGAGUGGCUGGGUCUGCUGUGGCAGCUGCGACACUGGGGCGCGGUGCGGGGGGAGGCGGUGGCGCGCGUGCGGGCCGCCUGCCUGGUGGAGUGCGCGCCGCGACACCUGGCGGCGUACCUCGCCUUCCUUGCGGACCACGUCGAUGCCACCCCUGAACUGGAUCAUACGGAUAUUGUACUUGAUUUGAGUCAAGUGUUGAUGGAGCGGACCACGGUGACCCACUGCGUGCUGCCGCCGGUGGAGAGCCGCGAGGCUGGUGGUGCUCGCGACGACCGCCUGCGCGACCAGCACCGCGCGCUGCACUCACUCACGCGCAUACUGCACGCGCAUCUCAGACAACUGCUCUGCUACGGACCCUCAAUCUAUGAUACGAACCAGGAGAUGUACUCGUGGCUGCAGUCGAUGUGGGUGGGCGGAGAGGGCGGGGCGUGGGGCGCGGCUGGGGCGGGCGCGGACGAGACCCUGCUACCUGAUUGGCUGAGGCUGCACCUAGUACGUUCAGCACGCCCGCCGCUGCUGGAGGCGGGACUUCGCGCGCUGCCUGCGCACAAGCUUGCACUCUUCAUACAGACCUUCGGCAUGCCUGUCGCUUCCAUGAGCGCGUUGCUGGGUGCACUGGACGCAUGCCCGGCGGGCGCGGUGGUGCGGCUGGGUGUGGAGCGCGGCUACAUGGCGCAGCUGCUGACAGUGCAGCGCGCACGCGGGGCUACUGGUGGCGCUGCAUUCGCUGCUGCCCUCGGUCUACAGCAGCCGCAUCUGCCCCCAGACGACACGCAGUUCGCGGAGGAGGUGCUGCCCGAGGAGACAGAGUCAGUGUGGGACAUGGCGGGCGGGGUUGGGGGCGGAGUCUCCGCCAAGCCGCGGCUGGAGCCCGAGCACGUGGCGGGCCUGCUGGCCGCCGUCUUCGAUGCCCAGGAUUGUCACUUCGACGUGGACACCGCAUGCACGCAACUUAAUGCCUUUAUAGCAGAGGAAGGAGGUCGUGGUGAGGAGGGACCUUAUACGCGUGCCGCGUGCGGGUUCCUUAGGGGCGUGGCUGUGCACGUACUGCCGCGCCGCCCCGCACACUCCGCAGCACUGUUACGUACACUACACGCCGCUAAACCACGUGCAUUGCCUGAGAUAGCGCGAUCGUUGCUGUCAGCGGGCAAGUGUGUGUCUGGUGUGGUGGGCGAGCUGUUGCAGGCAGCUGCAGGGGCGGCGCCCGACCACCGCGUCCCUCAUCUCCCGCACAACGCAACUAAGGAACAUCUAGUCGCAGCACUUGAAGCGACCACACCAAGGACUCUGGAGGCAGUUGGCAACCACAUCAUAGAGACCCAGGACACGCAGAUGGUGGUGGAAGUCAUCUCCAUACUGCUGGAGAAGAGCCAAGAGGGGCAUUACGAGACAAAGGUGAAGUGCGAGACAGAGGAGGAGGAGGAUGCGGGCGCGCACGUGUUCUCGCGGCGCGGCCUGGGCUGCGGUCUGCUGCUCGACUGGCUGUCGGAGCUGCAGCGCGAGACCCUCGGCAGACAGAUGAAACUGAUGUUCGUAGCGGGAGGCGCCCCCUGGCGGCCAUUGUUAGUCACACUGCUGGCACACCGCGCCUCCUGGAAGACUCUACACUCUUGUCUCACCACUUUGUUGGAACCACAAGGUGGUUGGUCUGCAAGUGCAGUGCUGGACUUCGCUGCGACGUUGUCAGGCAGUCCGAGGGUGUGGCAGGGCCGCGACCGCGCCACUCCCAAACAUUACGAGCCUGAGGAUACGUUGCAGCUCACACACAAACAGCUGGAGGUACUUAUCGGGUACGUGGGUGCGGAGGGUGCGGCUGCGGGCAGCGUGGAGGAGGCGCGGCGGAGGGCGGAGGCCCGCCUGCCCCUCGUGCUGCGCUGCUGCGGUACACCGCACGCCCUCCUCGCAGCAGCACUAGCCGCCGCGAGAGACCAUCCCUUACUACUUCUACUGUUAUACAUGAAGGUGCCAAAGAUAGUGCAGCUGAUGCGGGAAAGUGAGGAGCGUGGUGGUGGUGGGGCGCUGCAGUCCCUUGAGGGUCUGGUGGGAGGGGCAGGGGGCGAGGCGGUGCGUGCUGCGCGCGCAUCCACAUGCGCUACAGACCGCGUGUCGCACGCGCUGCUCACCGCACUGGCCGCCUCACACCCACACUCAAAGGACCUCACACAGAGAGCUUGGCGUAUAGAAUCAUUGGCGCGUGCGCUGUGGUCUCGCGUGCGGGGUGCGGGCACGCGCGCGUUGCCGCUGUGUGGGGCGCUGCUGCGGGGCGUGCGAGCUGAACACUCACGCAACCCCCCGCACGCUCACCUCCUCGCCGCGCUUGAAGUGCUUCCUGACUCGGAUCUCUUCUCUGACCCAGCCAGCGACGAAUUGUACGAGAUUCUGGAGUGUUUCCUGCACAUAAUGCGUCAGGGUGAAGCUGGUGCACUGUCGCUGCGGGUGGCCGCGCUGAUGCGCCGCUUCGCCGCCGCUCGCCCGCAGCGCGCCGCCGCGCUCAUGCAAGCGCACAAAGACACCGUUGCGAUGAUGCCAGCUCUAGUUGGUGCGUGCACGGGCGAGGUAGCUGCGCCUGCGUCUGCCGCGCCGCCCCCACAAGCCCUGCUGGCGCUGCAGCGACGCAUCGAGCCACCGGAUGAGCUGGCAGUGCACGUACAGGAGAUAGAGUCGUGGGGUGUGCGACGGGGCGGGGCGUGGGGUGGGCGGGGCACGGCGGAGACGCUGCUGCGGGCCACGGCGCCGCUGGCCGCUUCGCCGCAUGCCCCGCUGCGGACCGCCGCGCUUUCGCUGCUCGCCAAGCUUCUGCCCGCCGCACCAGACUCUACACCUGGUCUCCAAGCAAUCAUGGAAUGUCUAGACUCGAAUCAGCCGGAGGUGGCGCAGUCUGCAUUGGACAAGAUGUCGGAGCUGAUAGUGGGGGUGCAGGAGCACGCGGGUCGCAUCUUGGCGCGCGUCUUCGAGCUCGGCAUGCGCUCCCGUCUACCCGCCGAGCUGUGCAUCGCGCGGUGCGUUGCCGCUAUCAAUCUACAGAGGGGUUGCUGAAAAAACCGAUUGCCCGUGUAGACGCGGGCAAUUUAAUGCAAAUGAACAAUGUGAAAGUGUUGGUAUCCUGCUCGAAGGACCACGAUAUUGUAUGUAGAGAUAGUGACAUUUGUCAGUGAAUUUUUUUAGUGUUGGUAGUUUAUCAAUAAACAGGAUUUAGUGAACAAAAAGCAAAAAGUGUCGUAUGUUUUAUGUAAAAAUAAAUGUGACAAUUGUGGAUUGUCUAAGUGAAGAAAAUAAUUAAUUUCAUAAAAUAUUUGUGAAGUGUGGCGGAGAUACCUCAAUAUUGUUAUUGUAAAUAU